AUGAUACGCCAAACAGACGUCUUCUCCCCUUUCAGGCUCCAUACUUUCCUUCUCCUCCUCCUCAUCAGCAUCUGUCUGUUAAACAUCCCUAGCCUCGCUGAGGACUUCACAUCCUCGAGACAAAUAAAGCUUGAUGAGGCUGGCGGAACCCUAAACUUUACUUGGCAGUUUUCCUCGGAUAAUACGACAGUUGUUACAGGCCGAAGGGCUGCCCAGCAGAUUUGUGAAAACAGGGGCGCCAGCCUGCCCAAGACACACGAACUGCGCUAUUUCUACAAGUUACUCAGACAGGACAUCACAGCAAGCGUGUCGAAUCCCGAAGACUUCCUCAUCACCUUCUACUUGGAUGAUAUGUUGGACACAACCAUUGAUUUCCCCAAUGAGGCAACUGGAGAGAGAAUGUGUAUUGUCCUCGGGAGCAAGUUGCAUGAGCCUAUCCAGUAUGCAGAGACGGAUGGAAAGAAGAGUUGCUCUCAGGCCGUUUCUGUGGUCGUCUGCCGACGGAGUGUUGAGAGUUCGUCGGUUGCAAAUAAUAUUCAGCCCCAAUUCCCAGCCGGUACACAGUCUCCACAGAAUCCGCUGUGGCUUGAGGAAUUGAAGGCGAAGGCCGCGGAGAAAGAUCAACAGAUCUGCAUUCAAAGACCACUCUUCUACACCUGUGCAGGUAAUAAGUGA